AUGGGUGAGGAGAACAUCGCCAUUGACUGUGAACUCUAUUCUGAUGAUAUACUCUCCAUAUUGUCCGGACUUAUCGAUGCAUGGCCUGUAGACAGCUACAUGACCACGAACACCCAUACCGUAGAUGAUCAGACUGGUAAUGAGAUGCAGAACUCCCAUGUUACAGAUAGUUAA